AUGGGGAAACCUGCCUGCAAUAAGAGCCCCGGGCAGCUGGAGAGCCCCGGCUUCUUCCUUCGAGCACUCUUCCUCCUCCUCUUCUGCAGGCAUGUUUCUUCCCAGUGCAAGAUCCUGCGCUGCAACUCCGAGUACGUGGCCGCCACCCUCAACCUGCGCGGCUCCGGCAGGACGGCGGCGUACUGCAACGCCCUCCGCUCCUACUCCCACUGCACCCGCAAGACGGCUCGCACGUGCCGGGGCGACCUGGCCUUCCACUCCGCCGUGCACGGCAUCGAGGACCUGAUGAUCCAGAACAACUGCUCCAAGGAGGGCCCCACGUCCCCGCCCCGGCCCCGGCCCCCAGCUCCCAACCACCAGGGCUUCGAGUCUCUGGAUAUCUGCAACUACGAGAAGAGUUUCCUCUACAAGCACGGCCAGCCCCCCAGCUACCAGCACUGCGCGGCUUUUGGGGACCCCCACAUCCGUACGUUCCACGACGACUUCCACACUUGCCGGGUGGAGGGCUCCUGGCCCCUCUUGGACAAUGACUACUUGUUCGUGCAAGCCACCAGCGCCCCGGUGGCCAAGGGGUCCAACGCUACGGUCACGAGCAAGCUCACCAUCAUAUUCAAGAACAUGAAGGAGUGCAUCGACCAGAAGGUCUACCAGGCCGAGAUAGGCAACCUGCCCGCGGCCUUCGAGGACGGCUCGGUGAACGGUGGCGAGAGGCCGGGCGGCAGCAGCUUGGCCAUCCGGGAGCUCAGCCCCGGGCGGCACGUGGAGAUCCGAGCCGAGUACAUCGGCACCACCAUUGCCGUCCGGCAGGCCGGCCGCCAGCUCUCCUUCUCCAUCCGGGCGGCCGAGGAGGUGGCGCACGCCUUCACGGAGGAGCAGGACCUGCAGCUCUGCGUGGGGGGCUGCCCCCGCAGCCAGCGCAUCUCCCGCAGCGAGUGCUGCCGCGGCCGUGCGGCGGCCGAGGCGGCCCGGGCGCUCUGCAAGGAGAUGCUGCCGGUGGAGGACGUCUACUUCCAGUCGUGCGUCUUCGACGUGGUGACCUCGGGGGACGCCAACUUCACCAUGGCGGCUCACGGAGCCCUGGAGGAUGCCAGGGUCUUCCUGCCCGACGCUGAGAAGCUGCACAUCUUCCAGGCUGGGGCAGGCUGCCCGCACGCCUCUCCUUCCUUCCUCCUCCUCCUCCUCCUCGCCGCUAGUCUUUGGGCUCUUCAAUCGCGCUUUUAA